AGAAGGUGUUCAAGCAAUUGAUAUGAAUGUUAUCCACAGGGGCAGAGUGUUAACUACUGAAGAGUCAGAAGAGUUAUGCAAGCCAUUUACUGCUAAGGAAGUGGAGACUACCCUAUUUUCAAUUCCUUCUAACAAGUCACCAGGGCCUGAUGGAUUCACUUCAGGGUUCUAUAGAGCAGCCUGGUCAAUAAUUAAAAAUGAUGUCACGGCUGCUGUGUUGGAUUUCUUUGACAGUGGGAAAAUCCUCAAGCAAAUUAAUGCCACCAAUAUUACUAUUGUUCCGAAGGUGAGUUGCCCAAAUGGUGUCAGUGAUUAUAGGCCAAUAGCUUGUUGUAAUGUCAUCUACAAGGUGAUAUCAAAGCUCUUAACCCAGAGGAUUAAUGAAGUGCUGAGCAUGCUGGUUAGCAGUAAUCAAACUGCAUUUGUGAAGGGAAGAUCUAUAAUGACAAAUUUAUUGAUUUGCCAAGAUCUGGUAAGGAACUAUCAUAGAAGUAGGGGGCCAGCUAGAUGCUUAAUGAAAAUUGAUCUACAAAAAGCAUAUGAUUUAGUGGAUUGGGGUUUUGUUAAUGCAAUGUUAAGAGGGCUGAACUUCCCUGAUAGAUUUAUUAACUGGCUUAUGCUUUGUGUUUCUACUACCAGAUUUUCUGUAUUGAUAAACGGACAUCCAAAGGGUUAUUUUCAGGGGCAACGAAGGCUUCGACAAGAUGAUAUUAUGCUUUUUUGUAAGGCUGAUGAGGAGUCCACUGGUUUGAUGAUGCAAAAGUUUGAGGAGUUUGCCCGAGUCUCUGGGUUGGAAGUGAAUAGAAUGAAGAGUCAAGUUUUCUUUAGUGGUGUUAGAGAAGGGCAGAAAGUUGCUUUAAUUCAGAAGCUGGGUUUUGCUGAGGGACAGCUUCCAGUUAGAUAUUUGGGGUUGCCAUUGAUUUCAAAAAAGCUGUCUCCUGGAGCAUGUCAACCUAUUAUCGAUAAAAUUCAUCAGAGAAUUGGAUCCUGGGCAACAAAAUUCCUUUCCUAUGCAGCAUGGGAUGAUGUAUGUGUGCCAAGGAAAGAAGGGGGACUAGGGGUGAAGCAAUUGCUGCAUUGGAAUAAGGCAGCAUUAGGCAAAUUGGUUUGGAAUAUAUGUCAACAUCAAGAGUCGCUAUGGGUUAAGUGGGCACAGGUGGUACUGUUGAGGGGUGAACAUUUUUGGAAGGUUAAAAUCCCAACGGAUUGUGCUUGGACAUGGAGGCAAGUUUUAAAACUUCGUCCUCUACUGAAAAAUAUCAUUUGGAUGCAAGUGGGAGAUGGAAGACAAGUUUCACUAUUCUAUGAUUGGUGGGCAGGUGAGUUAAGGUUCUGUGAGUUGAUCUCAAAGGAUGAGAUUGCUGUUUGGGGCCAUGACCUUACAGUUAGUGAGUGGUGGGAUGGUUUAGAUUGGACCAUUCCAGAUAGUUUUGUGAGAAGACAUCCCAUGCUUGUCCAGAUUAUUAGAUGUCAAAAACUAUCUCAACAAGUGGACAAGGCUGGUGCAUUUUCCCGCGACAUAGAUUCAUCUUUUGGUUGGUACUGCGGGGUAGACUAAAAACUAGAGAGUUACUAACAAGUAGAGGUAUGAGAAUUGAGAAAGGGUGCUGCUUGUGUGGUAGAUAUGAUGAAACUUGUGAGCACUUGUUUUUUUAUUGUAGUUUUGCUAAAGAAGUGUGGAGGUUAGUCUUGGACUUCUUGAAUAUUCACAGACAACCAAAAAGGUGGAGUGUUGAAUGGCAAUGGUUAAAGAAGGCAUGUAAAGGCCGAUCGACGCAGUCAAACAAGUUGAAGGCUGCGGUAGCUGCCACUAUAUAUAUGAUUUGGCAGGAAAGAAAUAGGAGAGUAACUCUUAGAAAGUUUUUGGUUGAAAAGGAUGUAUAUAAUAAAAUAGCUAAUUUUUU